AUCAAACGCAGGGUCCGCUGUGCAGCUGUGCUAGCGCCGCCAUACGCCCAUACGGUCCUCCCUCCUCCCAACGUCUCCACCUCUCUCUCCACCUGACGGCAACCUUCAUGCUCCCUCUCUCUCUCUCCACCUGACGGCAACCUCCGUGCUCCCCAACAUCUCCCUCCUCCCCAACGUCUCCCUCCACCACUACCUCCUCCCCAACACCUCCCUCAUCCACUCCCUCCUCCCCAACAUGGAAACCGACGAGUGCCUCAACAACAAGGGCGGUUGCUGGUAAGUCUCCCUCCACCACUACCUCCUCCCCAACACCUCCCUCCUCCACUCCCUCCUCCCCAAUAUGGAAACCGACGAGUGCCUCGACAACAAGGGCGACUGCUGAUCUGCUACGCCGAUGUGACCUUCAGAUCCGCCGUUCUCGAGUAUCUCGCCGUCAAGGUAAUCGCCGUCAACGUUUCCCUCCCUGUCAAGUUGAAAAAUGGCAUUUAGGGGUAUCUUGAGUUCUCUCGUUGUCACGUACUAUUAUGUCUGGCUGCUCAUGGGAUUAGCAUAUAGAAGAAAAUGUUUGAGAAUAGAAAGAAGGUUAAGAAAUAGGGAGCGUAGGAUGGAGAAUUUAAAUGAACUCAUUCGUGAGACUGAUAGAAAAUGUAUUAGUGAGCUUCGUAUGGAUAGAAGAACUUUCUUUAUUUUGUGUGAGAUGCUUAGAGAUGUUGGUGGGCUAAAGGCCACACGCAAUAUGACCAUAGAGGAGAUAGUGGCUCAUUUUUUCUAUACAUUGGCUCAUCAUUUGAAGAACCGAACAAUUGGAAGGUUUUUAUUUCGAAGCGGCGAGACAGUUAGUAGACAGUUCAACUUAUGCCUUCUAGCUGUUCUAAAGUUGCAACAUUUGCUUCUUAAGACCCCUGAGCCAAUUCCAGAGAAUAGCACUGAUAAUACUUGGAAAAACUUUAAGAAUUGUUUGGGUGCAUUAGACGGAACCGCUAUCAAGGUAAUUGUGCCAACACAUCUAAAAGGAAGAUAUAGGUCAAGGAAAGCGGACAUUGUGACAAAUGUAUUGGGUGUUUGUGCACCCGAUAUGCAAUUCAUCUAUAUGCUACCUGGUUGGGAGGGUUCAGCGCAUGAUGGUCGUGUGCUGCGUGAUGCUAUCUCGAGGCCAAAUGGAUUGCGUGUCCCUCAAGGUUGUUAUUAUCUUGUUGAUGCGGGUUAUACAAACGCCAAUGGAUUUCUAGCACCUUAUCGAGGUCAACGAUACCAUUUGGGUGGUUGGACAGCGCAGAAUCCACCACAUAGUGCUGAGGAGUAUUUCAAUAUGUGUCAUGCUCGAGCAAGAAAUAUUAUAGAGAGGGCUUUUGGAAGGCUUAAAGGGCGAUGGGCGAUUCUUAGAUCCCCUUCAUAUUUUCCUAUAAAGACGCAAUGUCGUAUAAUAAUGGCAUGUGCCCUUUUGCACAAUCUAAUUUUGCAAAAAAUGUCUAGAGACCCUAUGGAAAGUGAGGAACAAUCGGUGGUAGAUUCUGAAAUGCCUGAGGGAGAAGUUGGUGAACCAGAAUUUAUUAUGGGUAUCUCCACAACAAAUCCGUGGAGUACUUUUCGUGACACUCUUGCGCAGGGGAUGUAUAAUGCUUAUAGGGCUUCUCAUUGAUUAUUUCAUGAAUGGACAUUUUGGAGGGCUCUAUUGCUGUUCGUGGUAGGGGGAAAAACAAAAGGAAGUGGAUUCCUGUUGAAGAUGAUGAACUGAUCAAAGCAUUGGUUGAUGUUUCUUUGGAUCCGAGGUGGAGGAGUGAUGGGAGUUUCAAGAAUGGUUACACUUCAGUACUUGAAGCUCACCUCGCUGAAAAGCUACCUGAUUCAAAAAUUUCUGCAACUCCUCAUAUCGAGUCAAGGUUAAGAUACUUCAAGACAAAGUAUUCUGCUUUGGAGCAGAUGUUGAACAAGAGUGGGUUCACAUGGGAUCCGACCAAGAAGAUGAUUCAGUGCGAGAAACAACAAUAUGAGACACAUUGCAAGAAUAAUCCAGAUGCAAAAGGGUUGUAUGGAGUGUCCUUUCCUUACUAUGAUGAACUUUCAAUGGUAUAUUCCAAGGACAUGGCCAUAGGUGAAGGUGCGGAAGACAUGACAGAUGCUGUUCAAAACUUGGAAGAAGAGUUAGUUCGUGUAAAUGCUAAUGAUGAAGAGGAUGGAGAGGAUAUGACAUCUGUAGAGACACCAAGGCGUUCUGUUGACUCAACAUCAUCUAGCUCCAAGAAGCGGAAGAAAGAGUGGAAAGGAAAGAAGACUUCAUCAAGUGACCCGCUUCUUGAUGUGUUCAAUGAAGUGAGUGGUGAUCUCAAGGUUGCCACCAUGUCAAUUGGAAAAAUGGCGCAAGCUAUGGAUCGUGAGGCAUCCAAUCAAGAGAAGGCAAGAGAUGAGGAUCCACAACAAAAGCUAAGAGAGAAGGCAAUCAAUGAGGUCCGGAGACUUGAAUUUACUGGCUCAAAAGUUAUCAAAGCAGCUGGUGUGUUUGUUAGGAUGCCAGAUCAAAUGGGGAUGUUGUUUGCACUUCCAGAACGACUGAGGAGGGAAUACAUUGUCGACAUGCUACGUGAUGAAGCAGCAAGGAGAGAGAGAAAGAGGUCAAAGUGAAGGUGCUGGUCUAGAUGUUGAAUGAUGGAGCUUUGGAAGUUGCUGUUGGUUUAGUUGGUCUCAAUCUGUUUACCUUUAGUGUUCUUCAUAUGUUGCUGUUGAAUGACGGUGAAUGAUGAUAAAAACUGAAUUUUUAUGAUGUUGAACGUUGUUGAAUGUUCACAAGUGGUGUUGAAUA